UUCGUCUGAUCAUUUAAUUUUUAUUUUAUUACACAUUCGUCUCAUUGUAGUUCAAGCUCUAAGAUAUACUUAUCAACCGGAUAUCACCUCCUCAUUUAUGCCUGUUUGUUUGCCUAAGGUGCCAUUAUAGCGAGAUCAGAUUGUAUUUGUGAUAGAAUAUCUUUUUAUAAUUUUUUAGAUUUAACUCCUCAAAGUAUGCAAAAAUUGUUCCGUUCACUUUUCCUAAUUGUUUUUAUUGAAGUUGGAGGUUAUUUUCUUUCUUAUUCUGCUACAAUAAUGAUAAUUUAUUUAACUGAUUCUACACCUUUGAAACUAUUUUAUAUUAGCUUUUUAUCAAAUUUAUAUUUUAAUAUUGCAAAUGCUUCAAUUGCUCCAAUUGUUUACAUUAAUAGGUGGAUAAAUAGAUUUAAAUAA